ACGAAUGUAAAAUGUCAUAAUUUUCACCGACUCGUAAUACAAUUUAACUAAAUUAAUCUGUUUUUAUUUUCAGAUAAAGAUGUCGUUGGAAGAGAAAUUUCAAAAGGCAGUAGAAGAUAUAAAAAAGUUGAAGUCGAAACCCUCUGAUCAAGAUUUAUUGGAAAUCUAUGGACUAUUUAAGCAAGCUACCGUUGGAGACGUGAAUACAGAUCGUCCUGGAUUAUUAGAUCUAAAGGGGAAAGCAAAGUGGGAUGCCUGGAAUGGAAGAAAAGGAUUGGCUCAGGAUAAAGCCAAGGAACUUUAUGUGGCCAAAGUACAAUCUCUAAUCGAUUCUCUAGGACUUCAGUAGUCAAUCUACUUCUUUCAACAUGAUUCUAUUAGUACCUAUUUGUUAAUUAUUUACGUAUAGGCACAUUUUCGAUAGAUUUUUUUAAGUUGCAUAUGGUGCAUAUGAAAUAUUGAUAACUUUUGUACUUGCCGGUGAAUAGAAAUAUUACAUCACAUACAUCUCUGAA